AUUAAGGGAUUCGCUAUCUUGAUUCCCAGCGUGUGAGAAUGGAAGGGAAAUUGAUCAAAAAUCAAAGCCAAUGAUUGAGGAUUUUCUUUGGAUUGUUUUUCAAAUAAAAAGUUAUUUAAGGUACUACGAUUUGAAUCAGCAUAAGACAUUAUUCGGUCAAGAUGGUCAGAGGAGGAAGAGAUAACCGACUAACUUAUGUGCAAAAUUUAUCAUGUGGUGCUGCCGCUGGACUCGUCAGUCGAACACUCACUUCACCACUUGAUGUGGUGAAAAUACGGAUGCAAGUUGGUACCAAAGAAACGCUUCAACAAGGGUUUUUACGUAGUUUUGGCAAUAUUUACUCAACUCAUGGUGUCAGGGCAUUUUGGAAAGGAAACCUGAUCGGUUGUUUACGCCUGAGUCCGUUCAGUGCUGUUCAAUUUUUGGCGUUUUCUCGAUGCAAGACUUUGCUAGCAGACGACACUGGUCGGCUAACGGCAACCAGGGCGAUGAUGGCCGGAGCUCUCGGCGGGAUGGCGGCGACCGUAGUCACUUACCCCACGGACAUGGUGAAGACACGCUUGAUUGUGCAGCCAACUGCUUCAACACGAAGGAGAUACAGAGGCAUCAUCCAUGCAUUCAAGCUCAUUUUAAAAGAAGAGGGUUUAUUAGCAUUUUACAAAGGAAUGCUUACUUCACUGUUAGGGUCCAUCCCUUUUUCUGCAGGAACCUUUGCUGCCUAUGAGAUGCUAGACAUUCUUUGGACCAAACCACGCUAUAUGUUGACUCCUGCAGAAAACUUCAUCAAUGGUUGCCUUGCUGGAGCCAUAGCACAGACAAUUUCAUAUCCCUUUGACACAAUAAGGAAAAAGCUUCAGGCUCAGAGUCGUGUGAUGAAGGACGGAGGGGGUGUUGACAUCAAGUUCCAUGGCAUGGUUGGAGGUUUCAAAGGGACAGUGGCCAAGUACGGCUGGAAGGGACUAUGGAGAGGAAACAUAGCCAAUCUAUGCAAGAUUGCCCCGUAUGCAGGUUUCAUGUUCAUGACCUUUGAAGCGUGCAAGAAGGUGUUCCUGUACGAGAAUGGAUUCACCAUGUCUCCUUACGAUGACACCCCCGUGAGUGGAGUGGACCAGUCCCUGAAACCAGGUGAACUUCGGAUGUGGAAGGAGAGGCAUGGUUCAUGAUGUUCAGUUGCCAUGGUACCUUAGAUUUCCUCUGCUGCUUUCAUCGUUACUUAUGAGGCAAGUCAGUAUGUUGAUGAGUUAUUGUGAUAUUGAGGAGAGCUGAAAAGAGCUAUUCAUGAGUAAGAGCCAGUCCGUCUAUAAAGUGGAUGCUUAAUUAUGAAGGUUCGGGAUCCAGUGCAUAAUGUACAGAUAUUGACUGGUAGGGUGUGCAAUAUAAGUUAUAACUCUCUUGAGACCUUGCUUAUAAUAUUUCCCUGAAUAGCAAAAAGCAAUGAGAUGAGAAAAAAUAUCACAACAAAAAUGAAACUCGAUUUAUGGUUUAAUAUUAUACACUUCUUUCACACAUCCUAGCAGUCAAGAUUAGUUAUCAAACGACUUAUGUUAUAUCUUGGGCUAUAUAUAUAUUAUUUCAUGAAGCAUUUAGUAGUAGAAAAAUGAUGAUUAUUCGACCUUAUAAGACCAUUUAGAAAACCAAAUUUAUGGCCCUUAGAGGCAGACUCAAUUAUAUCUCAUGGCUCUUGUGAAUGGUCGCAUUUCAUAUUAAAGAGAAAUGCCAGUAGUUGCAGUUAACACUGAUUUCCUGAGAAAGUCUGUAAAACAAGGCUUAA